AUGUUAAAAGAUAACGACUUUUAUAAUAUGGAAGACUUUUUAACAAUGGUUCGACAUGAUAGAAUACGAAUAAAUUUGCGAGAUCAAAAGCAUAAUUAUAACAUUCGGAUAAGUCAAGACGAUCUCUCAAGCUGUCAUUCGCAGAAUGAAGUUGGUCGAUCUGCUGUCUGUGAUUCGAUAGUUCGCGUUCCAUAUGUCAAAUUUGAGGAGCAUCGCGACAGAUCGUUAUCUGGCUCUCGUCGUUCGAACAAUACAUUAAUUCCACCAGCGAUGACAAUAUCACGCUACAAGCCGACCACAGUGCCCAGCCGAUUGGCGACAGAAUGGACUUCGCUAUCUGCUUUCUCAGAUGAUUUACGACUUGCCAUCAGUGAAAACGAUUGCUCAGAUUCAGGCGAUGAACGUUUGUUCAAUAGUCCAAUGAAUGUGAACAAUUAUUCGCCCUUGCUCGCGGUGCAGCAUACGGCACAGACGAACACCAACUCCCUUGAAUACAUCCAUCUAGAUCAUUUGUAUCGCACCUCGCUCUCCAAUGACGACGAUCAGACAAUGACACCGCAACGGUGA